UGUGGAGGCAACAGCCACAUGACCGGGCGGGCUGGGAGCCAAGGCGGCCGGUCUGGGUCUCCCCCGACGCCCGCCUACAAAUGCAGGCGGGCCUCGGCGGGAGCGGGCGCAAUCGCUGCUGCUGCUCGCAGUGUGACUGUUGCAGGCGCAGCCGGCUGGCGUGGCUCGGCCCUCGGCGGCGGCGCGAUGGGCGUGCGGCGCUGGCUGCUGGCGCUGCUCCUUCUCUGGCUGGCUCUCAGCCCCGGCUCUGGAGGCCCUCUGUCUGAGGCAUCCGAUGGGAAAGAACCUGGAGAAGCGCGCGUCUUGAACCUGGUGCACCCCAAGAGGAUUCGGAGUGCUGUGGGGCAUCGGCAGAAUGGCUGGCGGAAGUACCGGCGUCCCCGUCCCCGUCUCUCUCACAAAGGGCCUAUGCCGUUCUAGCACAGGUUUGGUUCCCACCCUGGAAAGGCCGGCCUUUGUGUGUCCUCUCUGCUUGAUAAACUAUCUGCUUGUACAGGGCUUCCACCCCUGGUAGAAGGUGACCCCGCCAGCCUACAUUGCUGCCCUGGAUUGGAGGGGUGUUGUGAGCACCGUUGUUCUCUUGCAUUAUCUCUUAGUGUUAACUUCUACUCAGGCUGGUCUAGGCAGGUGGCACCUCCCCCCCCCCGCCUUGCCAAGUUACCAUCAGCUGAGGCUUAGAGCACUUUUCCUCAACUGGCUGGGGCUGCUGGGAGUUGUAGUCCAGAACACCUGGAGGAUGCCAGUUUGAGGAAGUCUGGCCUAGAGAAUGCUGAGGUUACCCAGAAUGAAAGGAAGAUGAGGAAAUGGGUCAUGAUGGGCCUGCAGGGAUCCCUUUGCCUUGUGGAACAUCCCUCACUGUUGUUUGAGGGAUCAGCUAAGGCAUGGCUUGUAGCGAAAGCACUCCUGUCCACCAAAGCCAGCUGCUGGGCCCCUUGUGGCGGUGGCAGAAGAUGCAGCUGGCACCAGAAGGCCUUUGGUCUGUGAGAAGCACUUUGUCCAACGGAGAUUUUUCACCCAGGUGUCUCAAACAUCCCCUUUUGCAUCCAUCCCACCCACCACAGGACAUUCUUAAAAGGGCAGCCAUCUCCCCACCCCUCCUUGUUGAGGCUCCUGCGCUCUUGUAAUGCAGCAAUGCAGCAGCUAAAGCUUUUCCUCCUGGAUGCAGUUCUGUGCCCGAGAAAAGCCACACCGAAUGAAUUUCUGCCUCUUCUAUAGCUGUUCGUCCAAGAGCCCUGCCUGGGGUGGGGGGUAAGUGGCAACCCUAUUCUGGGAGCUCAGCCCUGUGUCAAGUCGCAAGUCUAGACCUUUCUUGGCACCAGUAGCAGAUGGUGUGGUGGGAUGGCAGCACUCGCCUAACCUCUGGUCAGUUGCGUCACUGCUGCUUACAGGGAGGUAAAGGGGGAGGGGCCAGGCGAUGGCAGCAUGGGGCAAACACAGCAACAGAGCCAAACUGGCGCUCCCGCUGGUGCUUUUGCAAUGCACUAACCUUGCACUUCCUCCUCUACCUCUUGGUAAGCAGCAGCAGGUGCCGUGACAUGGCCAACAGCAGACUAGGUGAGUGCUACCCCAUGACCACACCAUCUACUACUGCGUGGUACAGAAUUUGGACUUAUUUUGGCACACGCAUCCCUACCUGUAAAUAUGGACUGGUUUCAACAACCUCCUCUGCCAAAGACCGUCCCUCCACCUUUUCCAAAAGCAAGCUUUGACCAACCUGGGCAGGCGCCUCUCUCUGUUACAAUUUGUACUCCCCGCCCUUCCACGCUGUCUCACUCCAGUGAGUGGAGCCAGGACGCACAUCACCUGGCCAAGCCUAUUUGGCAGCUUGGCCGGCUUUUCAAGGCAGCAGCUGCUGUAGCAGGUUAUAAGGGUGCAGCGCCCAUUGUCUUUGGCCACAGGGUGAGAGAGGAUCCCAAGUAGUGACCUAGUGAGAGCCGGCAGGAUGAAACUGUAAAUCAGCAAGGGUGGGUUCAGACCUUCAACCUUGACCUUUGGCUGAGAGAACAGGGGCUUGCCUAUCUGUAAGGCAGGGUUAAUAAUACGGGCCUCCCUUACAGGGGGUUCGUAAGGAUUACUGAGGCAAAUGUCUGCAAAAAGCUCUUUUGAACUUCGGUAGCACGCUGUGUUAAGUGCUAAAUGUUGUUAUGGACUGAGGUGGUCAGAGAGGCCUUUUGAAAUUCUUUAAUUCACCUUUGCUUCUGGCUUUGGAGCAUGUUAAGCACUCAAGGGGGUGCAUCAGGGGGUGAACCUGCUGUCUGUUUUGCACUGGGGGGUGGCUUAGGCCAAGGGGACUCGCUGUGAGGAAAUACCAUGUGGGGGUGUGAAGGAGCCUGGUGUGGAAGCUCACCUCUGCAUAACCUUUUUCAGGUGGCUGUUGACUUUCUUUGUACAAAAACACUAAUUUAUACCAGCUGGGGACAUCUUACUGUGUCACAUCUUCGUUGGUAACUGGGUUUUUUGUGUUUGUGUGUGACUGUAAAGAUUUGUUCUAUGUAAAUAUAGCUUUAUAAUAAAGAGAUAUGAAAACAAUAAA